UGACCUGUCUAACUGUCCUCUGAUUGGCUGAAGCCAUGCAACAAGACUGGCCACCCUAUGUGAUCAACAGGCCGGCCUACUCGCUCCCAGACUUCGAUAGGAAGUUUGACAUGAAGAAACGGACCUUCCCCAUAGGACAGAAAGUAAAGAAAUGCUUCAGGUGCUCUGGGUCUCGACUCAAGUCCCUGCUGUUCAGACACCUGCCUAUCCUAAGCUGGCUGCCCAAGUACAAGGUGAAGGAGAACCUCCUCUGUGAUGUCAUCAGUGGGGUCAGCGCAGGUACCAUUCAGGUUCCUCAAGGCAUGGCCUUUGCCCUGCUGGCUAAUCUACCUCCUGUCAAUGGCCUCCACUCCUCCUUCUUUCCUCUCAUCCCCUACUUCUUCAUGGGCACUGCUCACCAAAUGGUCCCAGGUACCUUUGCUGUGCUUAGUAUCAUGGUGGGCAUGGAGUGCCUGAAGCUGGCCCCUGAGUCUGACUUCAGCCACUUCAAUGCCACCAUUAACGCCACAGUGAUGGAUGAGGACAGGAUGAACGAGGUUCGACUGGGCAUCUCUGGGACGCUGGCCUGCCUCACUGCUAUCAUACAGAUGAGCCUGGGCUUGAUGCAGUUUGGCUUUGUGGCCAUCUACCUGUCCGAGUCCUUCGUCAGAGGGUUUAUGACAGCAGCUGGACUGCAGAUCCUGAUCUCUGUACUAAAGUACAUCUUUGGCAUCAAAGUGCCUUCCUACAGUGGACCACUAGCCACUAUCAAUACUCUUAAAGAUAUAGUUUAUGGCCUGCCUAACACCAACAUAGCUUCGCUGGUCUUUGCUCUGAUCAGCAGUGUGGUUAUUAUAACAGUGAAGGAGCUGGGUGCACGCUACCACCAGAAGCUACCCUUCCGCAUCCCCAUGGAGAUCAUCAUUGUGGUGGUGGCCACAGCCAUAUCGGGCCCCCUGGACCUGCCUGAUAAGUAUCACAUCGACAUAGUGGGGAAGAUUCCCCUAGGAUUUCCUGCUCCAAUCCUCCCAACAGUGAGUCAGUGGGAAGGGAUGCUGAGCUCAGCCUUCUCCCUGGCUAUCGUGGGCUAUGUGAUCAACCUGGCUAUAGGCAGGACAAUGGCAGCAAAGCAUGGCUACGAUGUGGAUCCCAAUCAGGAGAUGUUGGCUUUGGGCUGCAGUAACUUCGUGGGGUCUUUCUUCAAAAUCCAUGUGAUCUGCUGUGCUCUCUCUGUCACCCUGGCUGUAGACAAUGCUGGGGGAACAUCACAGUUUUCCAGUCUGUGUGUGAUGCUGGUGGUCAUGGUCACCAUGCUGGCCUUGGGGCAUUUCCUCAAACCACUACCAAAGUCUGUGCUGGGAGCCCUGAUAGCGAUCAACCUGAAGAACACUCUGCUGCAACUCUCUGACCCAUAUUACCUCUGGAAGAAGAGCAAACUGGACUGUUGUGUGUGGGUUGUCUCAUUUUUAGCCACCUUCUUCCUGAGUUUGCCUUAUGGAGUUGCCAUUGGAGUCAGCUUCUCCAUCCUCGUGGUUAUUUUUCAGACCCAGUUCCGAAAUGGUUCAGAGAUGGCUCAGAUCAUGGACACAGAUAUAUACAAAGAUCCCAAGGUCUACAGCAAGGUAGUGAAACUCAAGGUGAAAUGUAUAGAAGGGGUGAAAAUAAUGAACUACUGCUCCCCUAUCUAUUUUGCCAAUACAGAGAUAUUCCGACGAAAGGUCAUCAAAAAGACUGGAUUGGACCCAGGUAAACUUCUCCUGGCUAGGAAGAAGCUUCUGAAGAAACAGCAGAAGGAGUUAGACAGGCAAAACAAGGAAACAAAGAAGAGGAAGCCCAGCUCUCUGGUAACCAUGAGAUCUCAGACCUUAUCACAGCUAGAGCUUCAGAACGACUUUGACAUUGGUAACGGCAAUCCUUACCCGCCACCAUCACCCACCAGCUGUGUCAACUUCCACUGUAGUGAUAAUGAUCUGGGUGAGCAGUCUCCUGACCCAGACCAGCCCAGUGCCUCCCCUGUCAUCCUGGACUCUCAGCCCAUCCCCUUCCACACCCUCAUCCUGGACCUCUCAGGGGUCUGCUUCAUAGACCUCAUGGGAAUCAAAGUACUCACCAAGAUGUACUCGAGCUAUGAGAUGUUGGGGAUCAAGCUAUACUUGGCCAAUGUUCAAGCACAGGUGUACGAGGAGCUGGAGGGGGGAGAGAUGUUUGAGGAGGGCAGUGUCCCCCGAUGUCACCUCUUCCUAACUGUCCAUGACGCCAUCCUCUGUGCCCUGCAGAGGUCGAGGAAGACAGGAGGCUGUGAAAAGGCAGGUUGCACCUACUCCCACGCCUUAAUCACUAUGACCUUGAAUCACUUCUCAAAUCCUCAUUGAGCAAUGAGAAAGUAAAUGAUACAGCGACUACAUCUGAACAACAUCUUGUCUGCAAUUUGGUCAAAGACAUAACAAUUCAUAGAUGUCUAAUCUAUGGGACAGGUCCAGUUAAAAUAGUUUACAGACCUUUACACAACAUUUUAAAUAAUAUAUGAUUACUGUUUUCCAAUCCUCCAUGAACGCAUCUGAGGCAGUGAGGGUAAACAGAACAAACAUAUAACAAAAUGGCAAUGAUAUUGUUUUUUGUUAUUUUAGCUGCCUCUGAGGUAAUAAUGAAACUUCAUUCACAUAGAUAGACAUUUCGGAGAGCGAGAGAGUGUUUAGAGUCAGCAGUGGACCCCUGCAGUGGGUCGUUUGGCGUGGCUAACACCCUUCAAAGUCACUGCAUACCGGGGUGAAUCCCCACAGGCUCCUCCUCUGCAGAGCAGACAGGACAUAAGCCCCUGGUUCUGCCUACAUCAAGACUUUACCCCCAUCAUCUAUUCUCUAAGCAUGAGAGAACCUACAAAGGCCCUGUCCCAAUCCUCCAUUAACAUAUCUGGGACAGUAAGGGUUAACAGAACAAAAUGCCAGAGAGCUUGUUACCACUGCUAUACCAUUUACUUCAGAACUUCACGUUGAUACCUGAU